AUGUCAGAGAUAAUAGACAUGGUAGAAACUGAUACGGAUAUACCGGUUCAGAAGUCUGAUCCAAUUAAUGACGAAGAGUUCCCGGACUCUACAGAUUCCAAUAUCCGUUAUGCAGCCUAUGCGAGCAGAUUGAGAACUAUCGCUUUAACAGCACAUAGAUAUGUCGCGUACACUUCCGAUAUUGGUGAAUCAUUUAGACCGGUUUUUCCACAAGCUGUCGUUAAACUAGGAUACGGUAUUUCGUGGCUGUAUAUCCUUGGUGAUGUGUCGUACAUAACAUACCGUGCGAAGUUGAAGCAAGAAGGUUACCAGCUACCUUCAGGCUGGAAACCAUGGGACGAGUUGUCCGAGAACAAUAAGGUAUUGAAAAGUAACGUCUCCCCAGAUUGGAAAAUGGUAGGAUUGGAACGUUUAAUCUUCCAAAGUGUAGCUUCUAUGGGGCUUCCAGCAUUUACCAUCCAUUCUCUGGUGAAAUACAGUGGUAACUGGUUUAACAAACAGUAUCCUAAAAAUGCCAUGCUGAGAACUUGGGGUCCAAUCAGUAUUGGUUUGGCCGUUGUUCCUAUGCUACCUUACGCUUUUGAUAAGCCAAUCGAGCAUUUCCUAAGUAAAUAUGUGUUCCCAGGCAAUCAUCGGCACUCACAAAAGCAUGAAUGA